UGGAAUUUUUGAAAAGAUAGCGCGUUAGAUUCCGCGCGUAUGGUAACAUUUGAACAGCACUCGUGCGGUGAUAAGUCGUUGUAGUUGGUAGCAUCAUUUGUUUACACGAUGGCGUCGGGCGGUGAAAACCCGACGGAGGAAAGAAUCGAGCCAACGACGCCAGCACAGCCCCUCACCAAUGUCGUGAGCGAACCGGCCCAAAGGAUACUAGCAAUGAAUAAGGAUUCCGACUUGUCCGGUGUACCACCAAAGAAAUCGCGUGUUGAAUUGCAGUCUCUUCCAACAAGGCAAUACUUGGAUCAGACGGUAGUGCCAAUUCUACUACAAGCAUUGUCUAGUUUAGCUAAGGAAAGACCUGCAGAUCCUAUUAGCUUUUUGGCCGGAUAUUUGCUAAGGAACAAAAGUCAAUACGACAAUGGUGAAUCCCUGCCGACUAGUUAAUGAACUGUCGUUGUAUCCCUGAGUAUGUGGUGAGAAUCGAGCAAUCGGUCGUAAGCAUAUACUAAUUUUUCUUAGGAACAAGCCGGGCAAGGUGUAUUUGUGUAAUUUCAAAUUUAAUAAAAAUGUACUAGUUUUUUUAACAAGCAAUAGCUCCACUAGCAGAUAACUAACAAACUUAGUUAAAUGUAUUGAGUUGUACAAAAUAUUUGCUCUUGUGUUUCUUUGAUAAUUACCCAGUAACAAUUAGCAACUCUUGCUGUAAUUGUUAAAAUACUCGAGAUCCACAGAGAUUGAACACCUCAUUAAGGAGUCUAGCGUUUACGAUAAUUAAUACCGUACGAGUCGCUCUGCCGAGCCGUAAAAUAUUCGACAAAAUUAUUCCCUUAAAACUGUAUCGAUUGCCAGUACUCUACAUCGACCACGAAAAGCGAGUAGGAUCGUUAUCGUUGGUUCGAUAAAUCGUAAUGAGUUCUCCGUGUUCGCGUCGAUUUUAAUUGGAACGGCUAUUUAAUUGGACGCAAUUAAAUGUAAUCGUCCAAUGAAUCGGCGUGAAAUUUAUUUUACGGUCCGAUAAGAUCAAUAAUUUGCGCGGGACACGUGACGCUUUCGAUCUUGCUUCUCUAAAUUACUUUCGAGGCGACGGUACUACGUUGAUACUUUACCGUCUACGAUCCAGGACGAUUCUGGCGCUGGUAUACGAUAAUUACGGUCGGAUGUAGUGUAGUUGUUGGUUCGUUUCGCGCAGUCUGUCGCGUUAACAGUUUAACCGUGGCUGCUGGUUGUAACGACUCCCGAAGAAAGAAAAUUUGUGCGGACCCAGAUAACGCCGCGCCGUCGUACAAAACGACGACAACGACGAGAUAUCGAGGUAAUUUCGUGGCGAACAAUUCGCGCGGCAGCAUCAUCGUACCGAGUCCAAUUAACGAGGUGGGAUCCCAUUCGAGUCCCUCGUAUAUCUCCUCGUUCCUUGAUACCGUUGCAACCGUGCAUUCGCCAUAGACUCUGCAAUUACUUUUAUUCUCUGUCCGUUGUGCCGUGUUUUAGUUAACAUUUGUAAAAUGCGUAACGCGGCGCCAACAUUUUUCGAUCCAAUUAAACAAACUCAUUGCACGAACACUUAGAACAACGGACAGCAUGAUUUUAUAGGCACGGGGCAAUAUUCGUUAAGUACACCGAUGUAUUUGCGUAGAUUCAAUUACAGUUAUAAGCGCGGUUCUAUUGUACGGGGUGUGCGUUUUAAAGAGACAAGAUCUGCGAGAAGUAUUUGAAAUAUUGUAUCGAGGCAGCCAAGUAUAACGAGCGGUUCGAGAUCCAAUCUGUAACGAGAAAUAUGCGUCUAGACUGCACCCUCACGGUGCACGCUGGAAACGAUCGUACGAUUUAAGAUUCGAUCCGAAGACAACCGGAAGCGCAAACCCCUCGCAUGUUCUCGGGUACUCGCACCCGAUGUAUAGCACUGAAAAUAGUUCGCAUUUCCUCCCUUGAUUUUUCUUUGCGCCUGUUUGCGACCAGAUGCAUACGGCCAGGCUUGGCCAGCGACAGUUUCACAGUUAGCGCGUUCUAGGCGGCGCGCGACAAAGAAACAAAGCCAAGUAAAUCGAGUCUGUAGUUAAUGGCGGAACCGUGUCACGGCUUUCGUCGUGCGCGCACAAUCUGCACAUUCACGCCCGCACGGCCACACGGCGCCUCGGUUCAAUUGGCACGCAUAUUGGAAUUCUAUUAGCGAGAUUACCGACAGUAAUUGCUCGGUUUGGCGCAAUAUCGUACGCUCGUAUGUGCCUAGCCAACAGGCUAGCGAACGUCAAACGCGGAUUAAGCGCGCGCGUCUUGCGCCACGGCCCAAGCAAGCCGGGUGUAUUAUAUUUACUAUGAUUAUGGUAGUCGCAGCUGGGGCCCUUAGAGCUACGCCUACCAAAUUGUGUUUCGCGGAACACCGGCGUUGCGUGCCAUGCGA